UUCGUUUGAUGCUAAAGGAUCGCCCUUGUACAAGGAGAGGGAUCCUAUCAACCAUAAGUUCGAUUUUUGAUCCGCUUGGUUUCGCUGCACCAAUCCUACUAGAGGGAAAGAGCAUCUUGCAAGAUCUGUGUCGUAAAGGCGUGGACUGGGAUGAUCCCAUACCCGACGUGAUUAGGUCAAGAUGGGAGAAAUGGCGAGCCGAGCUUCCUAUUCUUCAACGUUUCUCGAUUCCCAGAUGCUUUAAGCCCAAAAACUUUGGCUCGGUCGUGAGGAAAGAGCUACAUCACUUCUCGGAUGCAAGUACAAAGGGCUACGGUCAAUGUAGUUACUUAAGGCUUCAAGAUGAUUCCGGCAAAAUUUACUGUUCUUUCGUGGCUGGAGAGGCACGAGUGACCCCCCUCAAGCCUGUGACAGUUCCGCGCCUAGAGCUGCAGGCCGCUGUGACUUCAGUAAAGGUUAGCCAUCAGAUACCCCAAGAGUUGAGCCUUAAUGAUGUCCCAGAGUUCUUCUGGUCUGAUAGCAAAGUGGUUUUGGGGUACAUCGCUAAUGAAAGUCGAAGAUUCCACGUCUUUGUAGCCAAUCGAGUUCAGCUGAUUCAGGAUGCGACUUCAGUAGAUCAGUGGAAGUAUGUGGAGUCAAAAUUAAAUCCAGCCGAUGACGCCUCACGUGGGCUUAGUCCAAACGCUCUUCUAACCUCGAAGUGGUUAAAGGGACCAGCCUUUUUGUGGCAAAGCGAAGAUAAGUGGCCGCUUCGCAGAAAUGAAGAGGUACUUGAUUCCCGUGAAGUAUUACCCUCUGAUCCUGAGGUGAAGAUAGCCAUAGUCCUAGCUACAGCGGUAACAAAGAAAGAAUUGAAGAUAGCCGACCGUUUGGAGAGCUUCUCAGAUUGGUUCUGUGCAAAAAGGGCCAUCGCCUUCAGUUUACUUUAUCUACAGAGGCUACGAGAGCGAGUAUCGGUAGAGUGCAAGAGUAACAACAAUCCAACAGUCCAGCAAGAAUUCAUACCUAAAACGUCAAUCCAGGGUGAAGAUCUCCAGAGAGCUGAAAGUGUGAUUGUCAGUUCAGUCCAAUCGGUGGCCUUUCCCGGACUCAAGUCAUUGAACUCCUCACAAGACUUUCAGCCUCCAGGUGAAAGGUCAGCGGUGCGGGAGAGAGUAAGCCGUCUGAAGAAUACCUCUCCUCUUCUUAAGCUGGAUCCAUUUAAGGACGCAGAAGGAGUUAUACGCGUUGGGAGACGCUUGGCAAAUUCUUCCCUCCCGUUUGAAAUGAAGUUUCCUGUAAUUCUGCCCCGGCAAAGCCACGUGACUACCCUCAUUAUCAGAUAUUUUCAUCAGAAAGUUAGACAUCAGGGACGAGGUAUGACGUUGAACGAGAAAAGAGCUAAUGGUUACUGGAUUGUCGGUGGAACGAGUGCAGUAGGAAGCUAUAUAUGGAAGUGCAUCGUUUGCAGAAAACUACGUUCUGAAGUUGCGGAGCAGAAGAUGGCCGAUUUACCAGAGGACCGCUUAGAACCGGCUCCUCCAUUUACGAAUUGUGCCGUCGACUACUUCGGUCCUUUCAUCAUCAAGCAAGGCAGGAAAGAAAUAAAGAGAUACGGAGUUCUCUUUACGUGUCUGGCCUCAAGAGCUGUUCAUUUGGAGACCUCUUCCACGCUUGAAACAGACGCCUUUAUUAAUGCGCUGCGACGGUUCAUAUGCCGCAGGGGACCCAUCCGUCAGCUAAGAAGCGACCAAGGAACGAACUUUGUGGGAGCCAAGCAUGAGCUGAAAGCUGCUGUCGCAGAACUCGACCACAAGCGUAUUAAGAGGGAACUUCUAAAAGAAAAUUGUGAUUGGUUCACUUUUACGAUGAAUGUCCCAUCUUCUAGUCAUAUGGGCGGGGUUUGGGAACGGCAAAUCCGCUCUGUGCGAAGUGUUCUUUCCCCACUUCUCCAAGAUAACAGCCUCCAGCUCGACGACGAAUCGUUAAGAACUCUCAUGUGUGAAAUGGAGGCUAUCAUCAACAGCCGGCCAUUGACGGUCGAUCUCCUUGCCGAUCCAAGCGCGCCAAGCCUGUUGACGCCCAAUCAUCUGCUCACGCUGAAAACAAAGGUAGUUCUUUCACCACCCGGCGUCUUCCCCUCAGCCGAUAAGUUCAGCAGAAAACGGUGGAGACGUGUUCAGCAUUUGGCUAACGAAUUUUGGUCCCGAUGGCGCAAGGAAUAUCUUUUGGGCCUUCAGCAACGGCAGAAAUGGACAGGCCCUCGACGUGACAUGUGUGUCGAUGACAUUGUUAUCCUCAAGGAAGAUAAUGUCCCACGCAAUCGUUGGCAGCUGGCACGUGUUGCAGCAGUGCACCAUGGCUUGGAUGGACGCGUACGUACGGUCAGGCUAGCCCUUGCGGAUGCCUGUCUUGAUGACAGAGGAACAAGAACAAGUGCAGUGAAGUUCCUGGAGCGUCCAAUCCAGAAACUGGUCUUGCUGAUGCCCAAGGAUGAUUACAAGAAGGAGCCCCGGGGUGAAUCCCAGCCGAGGAGCCUUUAACCUUAGAUAUUUGAACACCUUGAGAUUUAGAACGUUUAGUCUUUAUUGAUAAGUUUCGUUGCGUAGUGAAACACUUCAGUGUUUCAGGGGAGCCAUGUUGAUACGCGUCAUUUGCGUGACGGCGCUUUAAGUUACAGUUACAUGCGUCACUUGCGUGACAGUGCUUUACGUUACAGUUAGGUUCUUUAGCUAUUUUUGGAUGUGAUUGAUUUAGUACGUGCGGAGCGUGUGUGUGGAGUAGACAUUUUUUGCUGUGGUCUACAAAAAGAGAUUAUAAAGGCCUACGGUGUCGCGGGACAGAUAUUUUACGAGAUCAAUUAAUAAAUGUGAUGUGAAUGUC